AUGACAUCUAUCGACCCUCGCUAUGAACAACUGUUCCUAGAAAUAGAAUCCAGGUUCAGAUCCACCAGCCUCCCCGCAGACAAAUGGUACAUUCUCGCAAUCGCAACCAUCGUCGCCAGCUCCGACCCCGAGCGCGCAGACCAGCUCUACCUCCACCUCAUCAACCAGCCAGGCCAUGAGUCCGCAAGCGCCCGACAAGCCCUCGUCAAGCGUCUACGAGAAGCCCUCUUCAAAUCCGUCAUCAUCGUCGGCGUUUGCAAGCCCAUCGAAGCCAUCCUAGCCAUCGGCAAGGUCGAGCGCGACGAAGACAAAGAGUACACCUGCACGCGGGAGAACUGGCAAUGCGACGCAGCCAACCACGAGCGCGGGAUGGACUGGUUCGGCAAGCUGUACGCGCGCAACGCGUCCAACACGCUGGACCUGUUCGAUGGGCACAAGGACUUCGCCUGGUUAUCGAGGGAGAUCACCUACGGGCUGUUUCUGUCUGAUCGGCAGGUUCUGGAUGAUGUGGAUACGCAGAUGGUUGUGUUGCCGGCGAUCAUGAGCCAGAAUCUCAGGACCGAGACGCAUUGGCAUAUUCGGGGCACAAGGCGGUUGGGGCUGUCCAGGGAGGAGGUGCAGGUUGUUUGGGAUUGUGUGCAGCUGGUGGCGCGGUUCUUUGGCGUAACUUUGGACAAGGUUCCUACUGUUGAGGAAGUGGAAGCUGACGUAUGA